CCUUGUUCGUAAAGUGUGUGUGGGUUUUGUGGCCCCAGCAGAUCCAGAAACUCCAAUCUUCUCUCGCUUUUUUUCCUCUUUUCCUUGCGAGCCCUUUGCUUGUUGACAAAUUUAAGCCUCCUUUCAUGGCCUCCUUUCCCUUUUCCUCACCACUAAAUCCACCCUUUCUUUCUUUCUCUGAAUGUCAGCUUUCCUAGCUUCCCUCUCAGUUCUGAGCAUUUCGCUCCGUAAUGCGGUUUUCUUCACUCCCAACUCCCCUUUUUAUUCGAUUAAUGGUUCGAUUUGAGUUUGGGCGUCUUCAAUUUUGUUGAAAUCGACCGCAAUUUGUGGUGCUGGGGUUUGAGUUGAACCGGUGAGGAUUUUGAUUGGGUUUUUGGUCUGUUAGUUGGCACAGGUGAACCCGAAGAAAUAUGCAGUGCACUAGCUUCGUCCCCGUUUAUUACCAGCCGAGGAAUGUUAACGGCGCUACGAGUGGUUUUCCUUGGCACCUAAUGAGGAGUAAUGGCAGCUAUGGAGAUCCAAGAGGCUUUAACGGCUCGUUACCGCCGUCUACCGCUUAUCAGUACUCGAGCUACGACAAAGAGGCGAUUAGGCAGAUAAUACAGAGUCACGAAACUACAUUUCGAUAUCAGGUCCAAGAGCUACACCGAUUGUACAAACGACAAAGGGAAUUGAUGGAUGAAUUAAGGAUGAGAGACAUCGUCACGCAUCAUAUACUGUCGCAAACAUCAGAAUCGAUCCGGUGUUUGUCUCAACCGCGAUCGGAUAUAUCUCAAACAUCGCAAACUCCGAGCUGGCUUCUCGGAGAACAGCGCGGGAAGCUUCCGGAUCUAGCAGCGGACAACGGUCAUCCAUCUUCAAGUUUUGCUACCGUAAAGAUUACGGAACAAAGCAAAAAUGGUUAUACUGUCGAUUUUCUUUCGCUAAGUAAAGAAGAUGGGAAAAGAAGUUUGGAUCUCGAACUUCCAGCCGAUGUGUAUUGUCCCGACGACGCUCGAGGAAAGAAUAUCGAUGUCUGGCCUACAAGUGAUUCAGAAAUUGGAUCCAUCAAAGGUCGGGAUUUGUCGUCGAAGCUCGAUUCGAGCAGCCGGAGAAUGAAUUGUUUGAUCGAUCUGAACGAACCGGUUCCGCUUGAAUCGUUGUCUUCGAAUUCCACCGGCCCCUUAGGGAUUCAGAAUAACGAGCAUCAUCCGGAGAGUCCCGACGAAGCUAAAAGAGAAUCUCCGAUUUGUAAUCUCUCCCGAAACUUCGAUUCCAGCUCGGAUGUCAGAAACCCGUCGAUCGGUAUCGACUUGAAUUUGAUGCCCGUCAACUGUUUUUCCGAAACCGAAGCUACGGGAGAUUUUGCUGCAGUCGAUAACAUGAUCGUGGAAACCGAAAGUUGCGUUAACUUGAACACCGGUGUUGUCAAGAAUUCGAGCGCAAUUAAGCCAGUUGGCGAGAAUGACGAAUGUUCUUUUAUCGAAGAGGUCGAGGAUAUUCAACUGAAGGCUUCGCUUUUGUCUGAAAAACCGGAAGAACAAGAAGCAGAAGCAGAAGCAGAAGCAAAACCACAGCUUGAUAUUGUCGCCGCGCAGACUUUAAUCGUGAUUUCUUCGUCGUCAGCUGCAAAAUCUCGGAUGCUCGGAAGCUCCGGAAACUGCCUUUAUUGGUUCGCUGACUUCGUUACUUCCGCUGGCGACGAUCUUGAUACUGAUAUUACAGGCGAUUCUGGGACAACGGCGAUGAUGAUGUCCGAGAAAAUUGCUGUAGGAAAAGGGAACAUUAAAGGCAGGCAGACGAGAAAUUCCGGCAAGAAAGUUUGUUCGAAAUCGAGGAAAUGUUCGAAGAUGGUUUCUUCAGACACAUCGAAGAAAUUAUCGAGCGUCAAUUUGAAGCAGCCGGCUACUCGGAGCAGACAAGGCGUACUCAAGAGCUGGGGAAGGAUCAAGAAACGUCGAGGAGGCCAUAGGCGUAGGACUACUAAGUUUCGCGCCGUCUAUUGAGUUUGUCCGUGGCUCUGAAGGUAAGUGAAGUGUUGUCUCUUUUUUUUUUAGGAUUCGACGGUAGGGGAUAUUUGAUCGGGUAACAUAUUUUGUCGUUGCGAUCAGAUUCUGAAGGAUUUCGAAACCUCGAUCAUUAUUGUAUAUAUGAAAAAUUUGUUCUUUGUUUUAGACCUUUGCCGGAAACUUGUUUAAUGAUAAGGUGUUCUUGAUGUUA